AUGGUUCCUGGAGCUACUGUACGGGGAACAGCAGAUAAAUUUUUAAUUCAACCCAAGCAAAUUCAGAAUUGGAAAAGCAAACAAGACAAGCUAUUAUUAGCUCAGCCUCAUAUUAAAUGUCUCAAUGUUGGUGCUCAACCAAAUUAUCCUAAACUUGAAGAGGAACUUGCUGAAUGGAUUCGAGCUUUACAUAGCAAAUUAAAACCAGUUAGCCGUGUUAUGAUACAAAAUAAAGCUGCAGCAUUAGCAAAGUCUCCAAAAUAUAUUCUUUACUAUCCUAAUAUUAACAUGCUUAAGUGGAGUAACAAGUGGCUUGAUUGUUUCUUACAAUGUAAUAGUUUUAGUAAUUGUCGUAAAACAACUAUUGCACAAAAGCUACCAGCAGAAUUAGAGACACAACAGCAAGCAUUUUUUAAUUUUGUUCAAUAUUGCCGUAUUCAAUAUAAUUAUCCAUUACUAUUAAUAGAUGAUAAAGGAAAUAAAAUGAUCAGUAUUAGAAUUUGUGGUUACAAAAAAUCCUGCUUCACUGUUGUACUUGCAUGUAUGGCAGAUGGUGUAGUUGUUAGAACUAAUGAAAGUGGAUGGAUGAAUGAAAUAAAAAUGAGCUUUUGGAUAGAUAAGAUUUGGCAAAAUCAUACACCACAUUCUGAGAACCCACAGUCACUUUUAGUAAUGAAUUCUUUUUGGGACCUUGAACUACAAAACCUUUCGCCUCAACAAAACUUUUUGCCUCCUACCCCAACAAAGCUUCCAAGACCUCCUAUUCCUACCAUACCUCUCAUUCCAAGAACACUUUCUUCUGCAAGAUCUCUCGCACCAACAAAACCUUCCACUUUAACAAGAUUUCUCAUCAAAUCAACACUUUUUACCCCAACAAAAUCUUCCACUUCAGCAAAGCUUCUCAUCUCAACCACCACAAGAUUUCUUGGCUCAUCAAAACUUUCUGAAUCAGGGAGAAUUUGA